AACUCGGCCCGAUGACAUCUUUAGUACGGAUCACCCAAAUACAGAACUACAGAAUACAACCGAUGAGAGUGGGAAGAAACACACAAGUGAUGUCACUGAUUUGGGGUUAAUGAUUCUGACAUUGCUCAAAGGCCGUAAACAAGGGCGCCCAAAUUUUUCUAUCUCAUCCAAAGUUCGCCAUUCUUAGUUUUCUCGGCUAACCCAACUCAAAUCACCAGUCAAUUUUCCAUCUAAAAGACUAUCCUUAGUUCCUUAGACACUGAAUUAGUGAAACCAUUGAGAUUUCUGUAAAUGUUGAAGCUAUGGAGAUGGUACCAAAAUUGCUUGUCUGUCCACCCUCUUAAGACCCAAAUCGCCAGCUCUGGUGUGCUCUGGGGUAUUGGUGACAUUGCUGCUCAGUACAUCACUCAUUCCACUGCACAUAAACAUCUUCCACUUCUGGACGGUGAUGAACGCUUCAUUAUCAAUUGGAAGCGUACUGCUCUCACCAGCAUGUUUGGCCUUGGCUUUGUUGGUCCAGUCGGUCAUUUCUGGUAUGAAGGCCUAGACAAGUUAAUUAGAUUGAGGCUUCGACUAGAGCCUAAGACGGUGCGUUUUGUAGCGACCAAAGUUGCAGCAGACGGGAUUAUCUUUGGGCCCUUUGACUUGUUUGCAUUUUUCACAUACAUGGGAUUUGCUAGUGGCAAGAGUAUACUUGAGGUGAAGGAAGAUGUAAAAAGAGAUUUCCUUCCAGCCUUGAUUUUAGAAGGUGGUGCUUGGCCGAUAAUUCAGGUAGCAAAUUUCCGGUAUGUACCUGUGAGGUAUCAGCUUCUAUAUGUCAACAUGUUCUGCCUGUUGGAUAGUGCAUUUCUUUCGUGGCUUGAACAGCAGAAAGAUGCGGCUUGGAAACAGUGGUUCGUAUAUUCUUCCCCCUUGAAGGACGAAGAGGGAUUAUUAUUAGAUAUCCAAUGAAACGCGUUAUUAACGAGAACCAUACUUGGAUCACAAAGAGGUAUUUUAUUUGUACAAGGUUUGAUGAAUUUCCAUGAAUUGCUCUUCAAGCUAUAAACACAGAAUUCAAGUUGCAUUGAAACGAUCAAGCAUAAAAUCUUGUAAUCGUGAUUAAUGCAAUCGUAACCAAACCCAACCUUAUCCAUACCGAGUCGUCUUUUCAUUGUGGCUCGAAUUGGUAACAAUAACUCUGGUAAGACGUUAGAGGCGCCAGUUGCCGGGUUGUAAAGCGAAAACCUUCUAGAAUUCAGAUCAUUGCCAAAUUCCUGGAAGCAAAGCAAGCCAUUACAAGACCCAACAAGUGCAACUGAUUUAGAUGACUUAGGAAAACGAGUUAGUUUCUUGAGCUCUUCAUUAGAAUGGAAAUUUAAAGAGUACGAAAGAGACGAGCGACGACCAUAUAGGAUUACGGAACCACUCGGGUUUUUCUUAUUAUUCUCAAGGAGAUUCAGCGUGUGAGACUUGAUGAAUUUCGGGUGAUCAAUGAUUUCGUCACGCCAACGCUUGCAAACGCAUCGACAACAGAGAAGUUGUUUCACGGUAUGUAAUUUUGACAGGAUUAUUGAUUCCACCUCCGAUGGAAGGGAGAUAGAACUUGGUGCAACAGUAUCGUCUUUUCCCUUUGACAUGAUUCAAGUUUUUUUUUUUUUUUUUUUUGUUGUUGUUGUUGUGGUAGACAUUAAUCUCAACAGUAUUUAUACAUAAUACGGAGUACAUUUCAAAUACCUAAUACAAUAUUAUUGGUUUACGCAAAUUCUUAUUUACAAGGGUUGUACAAUAAAUAUUGUACACCGGAGUAAAAGUUAACUCAAAAUACUUAAAAGUUAAGCUUAUAUAUAUAAAAGUUAUCUAUUUUUUAGUGAUUUUUUUUUCAUUUUAAUAAAACUUAUUUU